AUGGGUGCGCGAGAUGUUGGUAUAAAUAGGAGAAUCAUACUUUGUAUCCGGGUCCGGCUCUUCUACGGAAAGCCAAAGGCCUCGAAGUCUGUGUCCAGGUCUCAGAAGGCUGGUCUACAGUUCCUAGUGGGUAGGAUUGCUAGGUUCUUGAAGGCUUGCAAGAAUGCCGAGCGUGUUGGUGCCGGAGCUCCGGUCUAUCUCUCUGUUGUCCUUGAAUACCUCGCUGCUGAGGUAUUGGAGUUGGCUGGGAAUGUAGCAAGGGAUAACACGAAGAAUCACAUAGUGCCAAGGCACAUUCAGCUUACAGUGAGGAAUGAUGAGGAGCUUAGUAGGCUUUUGUGUGGAUUCCAUUUUCCAAAUUAG